AUGGCUUUUUCUGAACUCCUGGACCAAGUGGGCAGGGGCUGGUUCCAGGUUCUCCAGAUGGUGGUCCUGGUGGUCCCCAUCACAUGGCUUGCCCCUCAGAACAUACUGGAGAACAUCUCGGCCGCCGUGCCCAGUCACUGCUGCUGGGUGCCCCUCCUGGACAACAGCACCGCCCAGGCCAGUGUCCCCGGGGCCCCGGAACCCCGGGCCCUCCUGGCUGUCUCCAUCCCACCAGGCCCCAACCAUGGGCCCCACCAGUGUCACUGCUUCCACGACCCACAGUGGCAGCUCCUGGACCCCAAAGCGACGGCCACCAACUGGAGCGAGGCUGACAUGGAGCCGUGCAUGGACGGCUGGGUCCACAACCGCAGCGCCUUCACCUCCACCAUCGUGACCAAAUGGGACCUGGUGUGUGACGCUCAGGCCCUGAAGCCCAUGGCGCAGUCCAUCUACCUGGCCGGGAACCUGGUGGGAGCGGCUAUGUGCGGCCAAGUCUCUGACAAGUUUGGGCGCCUGCGGGUGCUGACCUGGAGCCACCUUCAGGCGGCCGCGGCAGUGGCAGAGUGGACAUCAGCACAAGCCCGAGUCUUGGUCAUGACUCUGAACUCCCUGGGCUACAGCUUCGGCCAGGUCCUCCUGGCUGCGGUGGCCUACGGCGCAUGCAACUGGACUGUCUCCAAUCCCUACUCCCCCCGCUUUGUGUACCCCUGGUGGCUGGCAGAGUCGGCAUGAUGGCUCCUCAUUAUGGGCAGGCUGGAGUGGGGCCUGUGGGAGCUAUAGAAGGUGGCCACCGUCAAUGGGAAGAGGGCAGUGGGGGACACGCUGACUCCCCAGGUCUUGCGCUCAGCCACGCAGCAAAAGCUGAGUGUGAGCCAGACUCCUGGCAGCCUGGUCGCUCUGCUCCACACUCCUGGACUGGGCCUCCGGACCUGUGUCUUCAUCCUGUGCGGGUGGUUUGCCCUUGGUUUCACUUUCUACGGCCUGAUCCUGGACCUGCAGGCCCUAGGCUGCAACAUUUUCCUGCUCCAGGCCCUUAUUGGGGUCUCGGACUUCCCAGUCAAGGUCGGCACCCUGCUGCUGCCGGGCCACCUGGGCCGCCGGCCCACACAGGCUGUGCUCCUGGUGCUGACGGGGCUCUGCAUCCUGGCCAACACGCUGGUGCCCCACGAAAUGGGGGCCCUGCGCUCAGCCCUCGCCGAGCUGGUGCUCGGGGGAGUAGGGGCUGCCUUCACCUGCUUCGCCAUCUACACCACCGACCUCUUCCCCACUGUGCUCAGGAUGACCGCAGGGGACCUGUGCCAGAUGGCCACCCGAGCAGGAGCCGUCCUGGGGCCUCUGGUCCGGCUGCUGGGCGUCUAUGGCGCCUCCCUGCCCCUGCUGGUGUACAGGGUGGUACCCGUGCUGAGCGGCCUGGAGGCCCAGAACCUGCCGCUGCCCGACACCAUCCAAGACCUGCAGAGCAAGUGA